GCAGCCGCACAGGUUCAAACUUGAAAUAUUGGCGCGCCACAAGUCCUUCCCAAUAACCUCUUUGGAUGUCUUGUAUGUGUUUACUGAUGUUUGACAGACAUCUGCAUGGAAUUGGAUAUUAUCAAUGACCAGUUCAUAUCCUGGAGUUAAACUCUCCUCCAUCAAUGGGCACCUGAUUUGUGGACUGUGUGGUGGUUAUCUAAUAGAUGCGACUGUUCUAACAGAAUGCAUCCAUGUCUUCUGCAGAAGCUGCAUCCUCAAGUAUUUAUUGGAGCACAAAAUUUGUCCACUAUGUCAAAGUUUGAUACAGGAAACUAGACCUGGUCAAGCCCUCCGUCCUGAUGUCGCUCUACAGCGGAUUGUAUAUAAAUUAGUCCCAGGUCUACUGAAGACUGAGAUGAAAAGAAUCACGGAAUUCAAAGAAUUGUAUUUAAAAGAGUUAUCCUGUGCGGACAAAAUUGUUUGCACCAAGAAAAUUUUCCCCAAAAACUGCAAUCCCUGUAGCACUGUUAGUUAUAGCAUUUCGGAUCUUUGUUCUUCGCCCCUUCCAACUGCUCUUGCAACUCGGUCGCUUUCUAAAAGUCCAUGCGGACUUGUUUCUUCAACUCAUGCAACUCAAAUGCUUGUUUCCAACCGUUUACCAACUUCUGCCGCAUUUCUAGUAGCAGAUGAUGAGUUUGUGAGCUUGGCUUUAAUACAUUUAACAAGUUUUCCGUCAUAUUCAAAAAUAUCUGAAUCCGUAGUUUGCAAACGUCACGACAGUUUCAAAUUAGCUUCAAGAAGUGAAUCUAGUCGUUCCCAACCGCCUUCACCACUUUCUAAUGAACAGUAUUCUAACUCAAUAUAUCUUUUAUGUCCGGCUGUAGUAACUGUCGCUAACCUCCAUCAUUUAUUGCUAUCCAAAUAUCAACUUGAUCCUGCCAGACAAAUUGUAGAUUUAUACCUUGAUGGAGAAUGUUUAGAACCAUCUCAUAGUCUGCGUGAAGUAGCAUUUUUAUAUUCAUUUCCCACGCGAAGUCAGUGUAUGUACUUGCAGUUUGUUUUUACAGAAGCAUGUUCAGCUUGGUGGGGGACGCCGAUGCCACAUCUUGAGCGACUACAGCCAAAACGUUCUAAUACUUCUUUCAAAGAUCACUACACAGACUCUAAUUCCAUAAAUAUUUGCCUCUCUAGCCUCAAUCAUGCUACUAAGUUGUGCCAAACCUCAAACAAUGCCAAAUGAAGCCAUUUCCUGUAUCCAUAAAUAUAUGCUUGAUUUCGAUAUUUGUAAAUGUUGUAUCAUCCGGUUAACUAAUGGUCGCUGUCAACAAAUAGAUUUACUUAAUGUCUUUCAUUCACAAGCAUAUCCUGAUGAGUUUAUAUGUAAACUUUGUUUUGGCCUGUUGCAUAAUCCUUAUUUAUGUGAUAUUCCACGAAAUCUUAAUGAAUCACAAAAUGAAAUGGAAUUUACCAAUGAGGAAUUUGAUAAAUAUGUUUUACUCUAUUUAUAUAAAGAGUUAAAUGGAUCCCGUUAUCAAUAUACAGCAUAUCAACUUCGGGUCACUGAACCGAUCAAUAUUAUACUACGUGAACAAUUUUUAUGGGAUGAAUUAAUUUGUAUGUCGAUUGAUCAUGUAAACAAUACUUCGAAUAGUAGUACUAUUGAGAAAUUGAAUAAUCCACAGAUAACAUUCACUAAAGAUGAUAUCAAUGCAUUGAGAUCAUAUGCUAUUCCAGUAAAAACUGCAUGGAAAUGGAUUGUAGAUGAAAAGUUAUCAUCUUUACUGAAAGCUCCAUUGAUUUACUCUUUACGCAAUGAUACUGAAUUAAAACUAAUUAAAACCAAUGAAUUAAUUGUUAACAAUUCAAAUUAUGAUCAAGAAUCAAAUAUUAUUUGUAUAACUGUAGAAUUUGCAAAUUUCUUCAUACAAUCAGAUUAUAAUGAAUUUCUAAGUUAUUUAGAACGUUCUCCAUUAAAUGCUAUACGUUCUUGGCUUGUUCGUUCAAAAAGUAUUAAAAUACCACGUAAGCGUUCAAGGUUUCAUUAUGAAAAAGAAUUAAACAUGAAUCCUUCAGAAAAGGAAUUAUUCAAAGAUGAAAAAGUCAUAGAAGAAUUAACAACAAAAACAUUGUCUUCUCAAACGUUCAAUUCUAAUGUAAAUUCAUCCAUUUGCAAUCCUUACUCUGUGAUUAAUAUUGGUUAUACUUUGCCAAAAUCAUUUCAUUUUUCUCGAGGACUUUUAACAGAACUUAUUCCUCUGUUAAAAGAUGUUUGUUUGCAAUCAAAUUAUUUAAGGAAAAUUUCUUCAAGCAAUUGUUCACCUGCAUUCAUAACAUCUUUGGAAAUAGUUCGAAGUGUACCGCUUUAUUUGGCUGGUCGUUAUGUGAAAUUAAGUCGACGUUUGUCUCAAUCCCCAUGGAUAAUUGGAUCGCAGCGUAAAUUAGAUUCAUCUGUAGAAGAACUUAUCACUCAACCAAUAUUACCUCGAUUUGGUGCAAAUGCUCAAAGUUGUUUUAUUACAUCUGGUAGAGAAGAUGUUGAUGUUAGAUGUCUUGGAUUGGGUCGACCAUUUGCAAUCGAACUUAGCAACUAUGAAUUAUUACCGUCACAAAUUAUUCAACGAUGGUCUGUUAACAAUAACCUUGAUGUAGAAUGUAAUGAAGAUGAACCAUUGGAUUUAUUGAAACUGGCAUCGUUUAUCAAUUCGACAACCCAGGGUCGAGUGUUUAUACGAGAUUUACAGUUAGUCUCGUCAAAAUCUGCUACAGCUGCAUUAAAAUUAGGUGAAAUGCAUAAAGCCAAAUGUUAUCGAGCUGUUUGUUGGUGUCCUCAAGGUGGAAUUAAUACUGAAUUACUUAUGAAAAUGCUACAGUAUACUACUUUGUUAAAUCGAACAAAUGAAAAUAUUGAUCAUGUGAAUACGAUUCAUUGGCCUCCUAAUAAAAUAAAUUCUAUAAAAUAUGGAAAAAUUUAUUUUGGUCCAUUGGAUAUUCAUCAACUUACACCUAUACGUGUAUUGCAUAGAAGACCAUUGCUAAAUCGUAAAAGAACCAUCUAUCAUUUAUGUUUUAUGUCUUAUGUGGAAACGAUAGGAGCUAAUAUUUUCGAGUUCGAUGAUUUUAAAUCAUGGUCAAAGCUAUAUCCAGAAGAUGAACUGUUCAUAUUAGAAAUUCGUUGUGAAGCUGGCACCUAUGUGAAAGAACUUGUUCAUGGAGAUCUUGGUCGAUGUAAUCCUAGCUUAGCAAGUAUAUUUGGUCGUCAAUUAGAUAUAUUAGCGUUAGAUGUAAUCGGUGUUGAACUUGAUUGGCCUACACGUCUAAAAGAUCCUAUACUCAAUUAAUUUCUAAAGUGAAAAUAUUUUUAUUGUAAAAAAUUCCUUUAUCAAGGCAUUGUAUAUUCCAUAAUAGUUUAUGUGCAAAACCAAAUGAA